UCUGCUUUCAAUGCCCCUUUGCUAACAGCCUCUGCAUUUCUGCUCAGACUCCUGCCACUGGAAAAGAUUUGGAUAUCAAAAGCCACCCCUAGAGGCCAAUUGAUAUUCUGAACUGGGAACUCUUGUUCUGUCUUUCAAGCCCCUUUCUCCUUCUCUCUCUCUCUCUCUCUUUCUCUCCUCCCUUCUUGGAUAGCCACAGCCCCCUAGAGCUGAGUCAGACCUUCCUCUCUUCCACAGCAUUGCAGCACUUCAGCAGAAAAGCCAGCCUUCUGCCGCUCUUCCUCUGCCUCUUCCCUUGCAGCAUCCUCUCUGCUACCCAUCUCACCAUCAUGGCCAGCACUGCCUCAGCAUACAAAGAGAAAAUGAAGGAACUGUCUCUGCUUUCAUUGAUCUGUUCCUGUUUCCACACCCAGCCACACCCAAAUACCAUCUACCAGUAUGGAGAUAUGGAAGUCAAGCAGCUGGACAAGAGGGCUUCUGGCCAGAGCUUUGAAGUGAUUCUGAAGUCACCUUCUGACUUGUCCCCUGAGAGCCCAAUCCUUUCCUCUCCUCCCAAGAAGAGGGAUCUGUCCCUGGAAGAGCUGCAGAAGAGGCUGGAGGCUGCAGAGGAGAGAAGGAAGAGCCAGGAGGCUCAAGUCCUGAAGCAGCUGGCGGAGAAGCGGGAGCAUGAGAGGGAGGUGCUCCACAAGGCCUUAGAAGAGAACAACAAUUUCAGCCGGCUGGCUGAGGAGAAGCUCAACUACAAGAUGGAGCUGAGCAAGGAGAUCCGUGAAGCUCAUCUAGCUGCCUUGAGGGAGCGACUCCGUGAGAAGGAACUGCAUGCAGCUGAGGUGCGCAGAAACAAGGAGCAGCGGGAAGAGAUUUCUGGAUAAAGGGCUUUUCUACACAACUAGCAGCUGCUUCCUAAUAACAAACAAAACUCUACACUUAUUAUUAUUUGGUCUAGAUGAGGCAACAUCUGAUUUUGCCAUUUCCAUUUCCCCUUCCCUACCCCUUCCCUCCGGUAAACCAACCUUCAUAUCCUCUCUGUAUCUUUAACUUGUGAGGGUUCAUAGGGGCUUCUCAGCAGAAUAGCAGCUAGUUCACAAACAUUAAAUAUAGACUCCAUCAACCAGCUUCUCUUUGGGCUUUUCUUCAGAAGAGCAAAAGAUGAAACUGAAACUAAUGCACAAACAAAUUACAGAUGACACGCUGAACACGCUUGGUGAUGUUGUGGAGAUGAGGGCUGUUCUCUGUGAAGCACUGACCGCGCUUGGUAGCUGUCCCAAGUAAAGUAACGAUACGUGAUUGGACAAAGAGGAGCCUGUCCUUGUCAAGCAGGGAAUUGGCAGUUUCACAUGUUAAGGUUUUUUUUAGACAUAUAUCUAUGUUCUACAUGUACACUUGAAAUAUAAAGCAAGGGCAACUGUAUGUUUGCAAACGAGUGCGUUGUAUAUGUACACGCAGACCAGGAUUGGCUUUGGCUCACUCUUAGGUAUAGUGUCAGUGGCAAGUAUACAUCUGCCACUGUGUAAUGUGUGAAAAGGCUCUAAUAGGCCCAUUGCUUUCUCAGUGGCUAAAGUAGACUAGAUGGUUGAAGGAUUUGGUUAGAAAGAGCCUCUUGCAGCUUAUUCUUUGCUUUCUGUCAGCUGAUUGACAGCUGUUGUUGAAUUUAGCUAGUAGUUCAGAGCCUGGAGAACACAUGAAAGAGCACCACAGCAAGUAUGAAUUGCUGCCCUGUUUAGCCUCAGACAUAAUCAUGCCUGUGGAUUGAAUUGUGCUUUUAUUUUCAAAAGAUUUCAGGGUAAAGAAACUUUGGCUAAGCAGGGCCACUGCAUGAUCUAAAGUUCCACGAUACAAACAAACGGUAUCUUGAAGUCUGGCACAUUUCGGAUACCAGUCUUUCACUUUGAUUAUUCACAUCAGAAAAGAUGCAUGGCUACACAGCAAGCUGCAAGACUUCAGCUAGACAUUGUUAUUGGGGAUAGUAAACCACACCUCUUCCUGAAGAUGAAAGCAUCUUGUCAGUAGCGUCACAAGAGGCAGGAUUUGGAGUACGGAUGACAAGGGUCUGUUUUUUCAGGUACUCUACUGUAGUAAAGGACAUAAAGAGUCCUGUAACAAUUUCUGAUAGUUACAACUUCAAGGAUGAAGGAGAGGAGACUGCCUAGAAAAAGGAACAGAGAGGAGGCAGAAUGUGUGCAUCUGUGAAGUUUCAGAGAUACAAAUGUAAAAGCAACUAGAUAUUUUGAUUUCAGUAGUGCCUCCCCAUAAAAUGUAGUGUAUGAUUUUGUGUAGCUACUAGCAAUGUUCACAUAUAAUCUUCAACAGUUGAAAGGUCUGUUAGAGCCAAUUUACACAUUAUUUUUUUCCAAAUUGGGUCAAAAAAAGUACCCAACUUUAAGUAGCAAAAUACAUACAUGGCACCAUCAGUUGUGAAUGUUGCUUACUUCAUUUAUAACCCUCCUUUUAGCUCACAGUAUGAAAACAAUCAAAACACACAAGUUAAGGCAGUAAAAUGCUUUUAAAAUUACCACCAAAUCUAAAAAUCCUGCAGCCAGAAAAAUCAGACACCAUCCCAAUAUUCCUCAGUCCCUAAAUGCCAAAUGGAAGGAAAAGACCUUAUCUUGCUUCCCCCCAAAGUUUAAACAUUAAACAAAUUUAAAAUAAAGGUUUAAUAGCAUGUGCGCAUUUAAAUUGGAUGGAUUCAGCCCCUACUCUCACUUAAACAAAGCAGCAGCUAUUAGAAAAAGAUCCAGGGGAAGGGCAAUAGCUCAGUGGUUUGAGCAUCUGCUUUGUGUGCGGAAGGUCCCAGGUUCAUUCCCUGGUAUGAGCUUGCCCUGUCUGAACCCCUGGAGAGCACUGCCAGUCUGUGUCAACAAUACUGAGCUAGAUGGACCAGUAGUCUAAGGCAGCUUGCUAUGUUCCUAGCUUCUGCAUUUAUUUCAAGAAAGAAGCCUGGUCAUUUGAAUAUGUCUAUAUGAUUCCCGAUUGACCUUUGUAGUGCCUCUAUUUUGACAUUUAAACCCAGAUCAUCUUUUUUUUUUUUUACUGGAGUUUAAAAAGUAAAGCAUGCAUCACCCAUUAGGCUGGGCAUGGUAUUGGCUUUGGUGUGAGGUACGUGUGGUCAGUUUCCCACUCUGUCAUGCAGAUGGCCUUUGCAAGUUAUUGUCUCUCAGCCUAAACUAUAUCACUGGGUUGCUGUGAGGGUAAAACAAAGAUGUUGCAAGCAUUUUGGACAUUGAAUUGUGCUAUAAUAAUACAAAAAAAAAAAAUCUGGCUUGCAUCACAGUGUGUGGCUGGAUGAAUAAUGGUUUCAGUGCAACGCAAUGAGAUUUACUGUAAAAAUAUUCACUCCAAAGUAAGGCCCAUUGAAUUCAAUGGAGAUUAUUUCUUAGUAUUGUGGGCAUAGGGUUGCAGCCCUUAGUGCCCAUGGCUGCAGUGCAAGAUCUGCAUUAUUAUUUUUUUAACUGCAUCAAACCUUUUCUGGUAAGUCAGGUGCUCAGGUUUGUGUUCCUACAAAAGUGCAUGCUGUGGAGUGAAGUUUUCACAGAAGAGAAGCUGACAGUAAAAGGAACCAUUGAUUGAGCCAGCACUCUAUAGGGAGGAAAGGGACUGGCACAGAUUUGGGUACUGUUGGAUGUUGCUCUGCUGUUAUUCCUGGAGAGCUUCCCUUGAUAAAUAUGUCAUAUUGUAUAGUAUAUGUGUACAGAGGGAAGAUGGUACCCAAACUAGACUGCCAGCAGCACAAGGAAGUCAGGGUGUGUUGGUUAGUACAAAGAGGGGGUUUUAUUUGGUAUGGCCACUCCCAUUUUGGUUGAAUGCACAGAAGUAGAUUUGGGAUCCUCCAGAAGAAAAGUGGGAUUUACAGUCAAAACACUAAGGUUAGCAACUUUCCCUUUCUUAAAACUCUUCAUUGUCUGGUUUUUCAUCUGUCACAUGACAACAGCACCUAAGGGUCCUUCAUGCUCCAGAGACCAGUGAGUGCUUCGUUAGCCACUGAGACAGUCCUCUGCAAGGCACCAGGGACACAGAAAGUGAGGUGAGCCUUUCAUCUGUCUCAGUAAUGCAACCUAGCACAGGACUUCUGGGGACACAUUCUGUGCUGGGUUGUAUUACUAAUAGGAAAAUCUGCCUCCUGCCAAUUCCAAAUGGGUUCCUCCUAGUUAUCACGCUCCAGAUAUUUAAGUUGCUAUUGUGCUGGCAAGAAUGAUCCUGCCUGAAUGCAAGGCUGACCUCCUGGCUACUAUUAUUAUGUAUCUCUUAGAUAGCAUUUUUAGUACAUAGGGCAUUGCAAUGUAAUUUUCCUUUCUCCCCUACAAUAACCUUAUUUGAGUUUUCAAGAUGAGAGUUAAGGCUGAGAGACAAUGGAUGUUGCCCUUCUGUUAUGUCCAUGUUUAUGCUUGCAGCUUAGCCCACAACAAAUGAAUUUUCAAAAUAAUUCAGCCUACACUGGCUAUAGAUCAACACUGGUUCUAAAAUCCUAUGGGUCCCCAUUGAAGGAAGGGCCUGAACUGUAGAGUACCAAUGCCAGCCUUGACUGUAGCAAAUAAAUACUUAGUUUUUCAGUAGGUGCAUACUACAUACUAGCCUAGUACUUCUCCCUCUGACUUUUUUUUUUAGUUUUUCUGGAUCUACGACGAUUCCAGUCUCUGUGGAUUUUGGUCAGAUCUCAUUUGUGCCUUUUCAGACAUCAGGGUAAAGGGUGUGAUGACCCAUGGUGACAUUUGGGGGGGCACCAGUGUUGUCAAUAACAUCACCUUGUAGAUGCUUCCCCCACCAAAAUGACUCUAUUGUUUAGGUUCUGUGGUCACUGCCCCAUUAGCGAUCAGAGCUCUUAUGUGAAUUUCUUCUCUUUGGAAUUCAGAAAUGGGGGCAGGCAUUUUGUGGGUGUUUAUUUAUUUUUAGUGGAAAAGGCCUUUACAACCAUAUCAGAGGAGUUGUUCUCGAGUGAAUACUGUGAGCCUUCUAUAUUCAUUUGAAAAAAUAAAUCUAGACUGGAGAUAGAACAUCCUUAACAUCAUAAAAGAAGCCAUCUCUUGGGUAGGGGCAGGUGAUCACUCAGCCAGUUGAUCCAGUCAAGGCACAGAAAAAAAUUGGCUGGAAGUCAGGUGGAGCUGUAUACAGCUUCCCUAGCACACAUCCUGCCUUCCACUACCAGGGUAUUAGCAGAAAGCUUUGUAUCCAAAGAAAGGGGCUACCAUGCCACACAGAAAUGCCUGUUCAGACGAUCAGAAGGAAGAGGAAGAUAGGUCUGUUAGAAGCAGCAGCCAGGGCUAGGAAGACGUGCUUGGAGCUAGGAAAAGAAGAGUUGAGCUUUAGUAUCCAAGCUCAUAAAUCAGUUUCUAAAUAGCGGCCAUCCUAGAUAAGCGCCUGUGUAUAAUGCAGAAUCAUCUCAUCCAUGUUAUAGUGAUGAUACAUUUAAAAAUGUUUAAAUUAACUUAAAUUCAAUUAAAUUUUAAGGAAAAAAAUAGAGUUUGUGUGUAAGAAGUGGUUGCAGUCGUUGGUGCCCGUGUCCUCUGGUGGGACCUGUGAAAAUGACUGCAAGAUGUUAACAGUGUCUUAUUUGCUGUGGUGCUGGGUGUUUGCUUUGAUGUGUAAUUCUGACUUAUUGUAAAUACUGUUUUUAGUACUAUGGUUAUGAUUACUGAUAUUUAUAAUAAUGGUGACGACAACUAGAAAAAUGUCAUACUCAUCUGAACACAAGCUCAGAAACAGCAUUCACUCUGGUAGUUAAUCCACGUGGCAUCAACAGCAUUUAUAGCCAGGCAUGGAGCCUAGUUUCCCAGUGAGGAGAUAAACCUAUAUCUGAGCUGUACUACAUCAGGUGGCAUAUCUGAUCAAAUACAUGAUCAAAUGCUCCUCCAUAUAAAACCAGUCUCUGCUGCGCAUGGAAAGCUUCAAGUAGAAAGCUAGGUUAAAGCUCCCACAUACCUAGCUUUGUAUAUGCAGGGAUAUUAAUAUAUAUAGGAACAUUCCAUCAUGAAAGCCCCCCCACAGCCUGAAGUGGUACAGCUCGGCCACAGGUUUACCACCUUGGUGAGAACUAGGCUAUGGUCAUAGGAGAAAGAGCUAGUAUCAGUGCAUAGUCAGUCGUCUUUGCUUACUGAAACAGAUGGGAUGUUUUACGUAUAAAGAAAGCCAGAGAUAUGGGGAAGAAACACUGAUAAAAAAAGAAGUGUGGCAAUUCAAUAGUAGGCUGGAUAAGAACUGGGAGAAUCUUUCCUAAGGAUGGUAGGAGGAAAAAGGUUGAGCGGGGGUAAUGCCAGGAAGUCUGACAUCCUGGGAGGUCUGGGUCCACUCUAUAGCUUUUCCUUGGUUACAGACUUGAGGUCCAGAUGAUCCAGUCUGCCUCUUCAUAGCAGUAUACAAGAUAGAGGCCACCUUUUGUUAGACAAUAGUGUCUUGUUCUCUAUGGGUGCUUCCUUCCUGUUCCUCACCCUACGAUCACUGAGCUUGGUAUGUUCUGUGGCUGCUUCCCCUUAGUUCUUCUUGAGUCUUUGAGAUUCGUGAAUCAUUCCAGAUCUACACAGUGAAUGAUGCACCACCAGUCUUGAUUUUGUGAUGCUGUUCUCAGAGAAUAAUUGGUGUUCUGGAGACUCUAAUGUAUGCAACCAUUGGAAGACUUAGGGCUGAUUCACAUGUGUGUGUAUCCAACUAUACCAGGGAUAGCCAAUGUGGUACCCUCCAGAUGUUGUGGGACUACAGCUCCCAUCAUCCCUGACCAUUGGCCAUGCUGGUUGGAGCCGAUGGGAGGUGGUAUCCAAAAUCUGAAAGGCACCAUAUUGGUUACCUUUGAGUAGAAGCUGAAUGCUGUGUUUUAGGCAAUAUGGAAGUUAUGUGAUAUUUCCAAAACAGCCUAUGCACACACGAAAGCGAUUCUGCCAUGUUUCAGUCAUGAAGAGCUCGACAUGGUUAUGUGGUUUGGCCCUUAGGCUGGCCUUCCUCAGGCUGGUGCCUUCCUGAUAUCUUGGACUAUAACUCCCAUCAGUACCAGCCAGCAUGGCCAGGGCUGAUGGGAGUUGAAGAUUAAAACAUCUGGGAAGCCUGUGUUAGGCGGUCAAUGAAUUCUGCCAUUGGUGCUUAUCUAGAUAAGAAGAAUAGGAUCAUUAAUUCCUUCAUUGUAAUCCUUUCCAUGCUUUAAGAUACAACCUGCAUAUCCAAGGAUGGAUUAGCCACAGGUAUGCCAAUGUUGUCAGGUGGAAGUUUGCAUCAGUCAUUGUUGCUAGUGAUGUAAUAUGCUGAGUAAAGAAAAGUAUACCAAAUGUAUCAGGAGCUCUGCAAUUGGAUGUAUCAGGGAAGCCAGGGAAUGAAUUUAUCUAGUAUCAAUGGGUGCAGCAAAUAAAUUAUUUUUUUUAUUGUACUAGAUAUAAUAUGAAUUACAAUGGGUGCUUCCAAAGACAUUUUACUCAUGUUGCAAACAAAUUGGGGAAGGCACUAAUAAAAUGGGCAAAUGCCCACUUGAAUUGAUUAUGAAGAAUCCAUAUCUGUGGCAUGCAAAUCCGCAAAUUAAAUUAAUUUCCAUUUGCUUCCAAUGGUGGAGUGGUUUGUGCUAGAACUGGGACUUCAUGCCUUUCAUGAGUCUCUUGUGUCAACCCCCUUUUCAGGCACUCCCACUUUUUGUGGUUUGCAGGGAAUAUUCUACAAAUCUACACCAUCAUUAUAUAUAGCAAUAGCGAGCUCAGUUCUCCUUGUUCCUCUUCUUACAUAUCCAAAGUGACACCAGCCCUACACAAGAGGGAAGGUAUCAGCAGGCAUGGGAAACCCCCCUCUUCCACCACCCCCAAACAAAUUAGGGGAAAACCCCUAAGGGGUAACAAAUGUCAUUAAUAGUUCCUAAUGAGGACUGGGCAUGCUGAGCAGCUAUGGAACACUGGCUGGUUGUAGGGGAGGAUUGAAAAACAAGCUCAGUGUGGGCGUGGAAUAGAGUAUCCUGAGCAAGAAUGUUCCACACUGCAACACUUCAUUGUAUAACUUGUAUAAUUUCUAAUGUUUAUGUGAUGGAACUGGAAAUUCUUCCUGAUGCAUCCGUGCCUAGAUACAAUUCUAGGUCUUAAUAACAUCUUAGGUGUGUUGCUGAAAUACAUGUUACUUUGAGAGAUUAUGAACCAAAUUAUCUGUCACAGCUACCAAUAUUAAGGUGGGGUGGCAGGAUCAGCUUUGUUUGUCUAGUUUAUUUUAGGUCCAAAGGGGAAUAAAAAUGGUUAGGGACCUGAUUUUCAAAGCUUAAUUGCCACAUUUCCGUAUGCGUAUUGGGGAAGCCUGCUCUGUGUAAGCCAUAAAAUCCACUUAUUUUAAGACAGCAACAGAGCUACCUUAAAAACAACAACCCCCCCCCAAAAAAAAACAGCUUGUAAGGACUCCAGGUUCUAUGAUCUAAUGGUCUUUGUCCAUGUACACGUGGGAAAUUUUCAUUUCAAGCACCAUUUUGUUGCUGUAUUGUAGAGCAAAGCUCAGGGUUGUAGCCAACGAAGUCCUAGUUAGUGUAGACCCCUUGAAAUGAAUAGAUCUAAGUUAGUCACAGCCAUUAAUUUUAGUGAGUCUACUCUGCGUAGAACUAACAUUGAAUACAACCCCCAGCAUUAAUGCAUCUGGUGUUGGUCCAGCAGAGCUCUUCCUAUUUUCUUAUUCCCUCUUUUCAGUGCAAAGUGGUUUUUGCCUGAGAGCUGCAUUCACAGCAUAUAGGGAGUUUCCUGCUGCUCCUUCUCCAGUGGUUCUAGGCAUUUUCUUCAUUGGCUGCCUCAACUGGCUCCAUUCCACAAGCCUACUUUACUGUCAC